AUGACAGCUGCAACAAUUUCACCUUCUUUCAACGCAAACGUUAAACAGAACAAACCACCGUCGUUUCCAUCGGAAUCAUCAAAUCGCCGCCCAAAAACACGAGAUGUAGCAUCACGAUACCUUGGCGGUACUUCUUCUUUCUUCCACCAAUCAUCACCGAAGAGAUGUCAAUCUCCGAUCGUUACUCGACCGGUGACUCCGUCGUCUGUUGCUACUAAUCGGCCGCAAUCAACACCACGUCGUGAGUCUUUAGAUCGACGAGAAGUUUCUAAAGCGGAGAGGAUGUUGUUGACUUCUGGGAGAAGCUUGUUCGCGUCGUUUCAGGCGGAUUCGUUUACUCCAGGAACAUUAGAGAGGAGGAAGACGACUUCUUCGGCAACAAUAUCUAAGAGUGGUGGAGGUAAACAAGAGAAAUUGAAACUCUCUGAUCAAUGGCCUAGGUCUCUGCAACCUAGUUGUUUAAGUAGUAGAAGUGUAGAUUUCACUGAUACUAGGAAGAAAUUGAUCGGAUCUGGCAAUGGUGUAGCUAGAGCUCUGCAGGAUUCCAUGGUUAGUAAUAGACCGGUUUCGCGUGAGCGGAUAACGAGUGUUGAUUUGGAGACAGAGAGUGUUUCUUCUGGAAGCUCUAAUGGAAGAGGGAAAAUGUUACCAGCUCGUGGCAAUGUGGUUAAGGCGAGAGUUUCGCAGGAUCGGAAGCCAAUUGUUUCCAAAAAGUGA